AUGGCUCCCCUCCUGCAAGUCCGCGACUUAACGCUUCGGCGUGAUGAUGGCUCUGGUUCGGCAAUCCUCAACGCAAGUCUCUCCUCGUGCGCGUCUGACUUGCAGAACCUCUCCCUUGAAGUACAAGAAGGCGAGGUGUUGAUCGUCCAAGGCGAGAGUGGAUGCGGUAAAACCACACUGCUCCAGUGCAUCGCCGAGCUCAACGUCUACCAGCAUGGCGAGGUGCUUUUGCGCGGCCAGCCGGCCAAGGCCUACGGUGUCCCAAACUACCGCACUCGCGUGCAAUACGUACCUCAGCGCCCAUCUCUCCUUCCCGGUACCCCGCUUCAAUUCCUGGACAAGGUGAAAGAGUUUGGUGCGCGCAAAACUCGAUGCGAGGAGACGAAGAAGGAGGGACGGACAUCGCCGGAUCCUGUCGCGAUGGCCGAGGAGUGGGGCAUUCAACGCAUCUUGUGGGGGCGGGACUGGAGCAUGCUGAGUGGCGGCGAGAGCCAGCGCAUCGCACUGGCCAUUGCCCUCGGACUCGCGGGCGCUGACGUCCUGCUUCUGGAUGAACCCACCUCGGCGCUUGACCCCGAGAGCACUGCCGCCGUGGAGAAGACUCUGUUAUCCAUGCUUCCAGACGCGCCCAUCAGCGCGCCAAAGGGCAACAACACGCCGCGUAAGGGCACUGGACCGAAGGCGCUGCUGUGGAUCACGCACGCACCUGAACAGGCGGAGCGUGUCGGCACACGCACGCUCAAUCUCUCGCGUCGCUAG